CACCACGACAUGCAUAUUAUCCCAAUGGUCGAGACAAUCGUCAUGAAAGAGUGCCUCUCUCAAUCCUCGCGCGUUGAACUUUCCAUUUUCGAGUGAAAAACCGGCGAAACUCCCACAUAAGAUGACCGAUGCUACUGCAUAAAAAGUAGGCCUAUCGACUGAGCGACGGAGCCCCACGGCAGUCAGGUGCUACUACUGCUGCAUGAUAUAUCUGAAGCCGACCGUGACGAGUACGGUGAAAUGCCAUUCAUCCUCAGGCGACAUCUCUCGCCAUGGCUUCACGGACUGUUUCACUAGACAGGUGCUGGUACUGGAAAGAACGCGACGCGAAUCUGUAUGCGUCCGCGCUGGAUGAGGUCCCUCGAGACGCGCUGCAGCCCGGCUCUCGCUGGACGGCCGCUCAGAGCUUCCCAUCGGAAAUCCAUGCUGAACUCGUGAAAGCCGGCCGUAUUCCUGAUCCCUUCAUUGGUUUCAACGAACAUGAAGUACAAUGGGUGGGGGAACGGGAAUGGCUUUACUAUUGCUCGUUCUCGCUGCCUCAGCAGCCUCAGGGCGCGAUCGGGGUCUCAUAUGCCGAAUUGCAGUUCGAGGGAUUGGACACUGUGUGCGACGUCUUUCUGAACGGCGAUCUAUUGCUUUCAACCGAUAAUAUGUUUCGCAUCUACACAGUCCCUCUCGACGCGUCCUCCCUUCACGCAGAUGGGAACAGCCUUCUCCUCCGUUUCAAGUCUGCAAGGCUCGUCGCAAAGGAACUUGAAGCAAAGUAUGGUCGCGUUCGAGCUGGUUCGACCAACCUGGGUGAUCCAAGCCGCGUAUACGUGAGGAAGGCACAGUACGGUUGGCGUUGGGAUUGGGGCCCGGAACUCAUGACAUGCGGCCCGUACCGACCCAUCAACCUCGUCGUCUACACUACGCGCAUAUCCACACUUUACUCCCGCGCUGCUGUCUCGGCCGCCCCAUCGCUUGCGCCUUCCCUGGCUGUGGACGUCGAGAUCUCUGGGCGUGUUGCGGAUGCACAGAACGUACGCGUGGUCCUCAUGAAGGAAGGCUCAAACGUCGUGCUCAAGCAAGAAGUGGUCCCUAUCCCGCAGAGCGAGGGUAGCAGCACCCUUCGCAAAGCAGAUGAUGUCAUAGCUUGGAAUCUACAAGAUGUAGUGGAUCUCUGGUGGCCAGUCGGGUACGGUGCACAGCAUCUGUAUACUGUAGAGGUGACUCUGCUCGCAAAGGAUUCUGCCGUGCUUGACGUCGUCACGACGCGAGUCGGGUUCCGUCGCGUAGAAUCCAUCCAGGAGCCGCUCAAGGAGCCGGACCAAUACGGCAAAGGGACGACCUUCCUCUUUGAAGUGAACGGCGUUCGGAUGUUUAUGGGCGGCUCGAACUGGAUCCCAGCUCACAGCUUCCUCACGGAGCUCACACCCGAACGCUACCGAGCGUGGCUCGCCCUACUGAAAGAUGGGAACCAGAACAUGGUGAGGCUCUGGGGCGGUGGCGUCUACGAGCCAGAUGUAUUCUAUGACACUUGUGACGAGCUGGGCAUACUAGUAUGGCAGGACUUUCAGUUUGCGUGCGGCGUAUAUCCGGCGCAUGAUGAGUUCGUGGAGAGCGUGCGGAGGGAGGCGGAGGAUAACGUCAAGCGCCUGCGACAACAUCCUUCACUAGUGCUGCUGUGUGGCAACAAUGAAGACUAUCAACAGGUACUGCAGUGGGGAGGCAUAUCGGAACUCCCCGCACGUCGCAUUUAUGAGCAGGUCCUGCCUGAGGUCGUGGAGAGGCUGACCAGCCCGCCUAUACCAUACCAUCGCGGCUCACCCUACGGCGGAGAAGGAUGGGACACCACCGAUCCGACAAUAGGGGACGUCCACCAAUGGGACAUAUGGGCUGGAAAGGAGCGGCCGUGGCAGGAGUACGGCGAACGUGGAGGUCGUUUCGUGAGCGAGUUUGGCAUACCGUCUUUCCCGGAAAUCAGGACCGUCGACUACUGGCUCGCUGGCAAUACGGAAGAGAGGCAUGCGCAGAGCAAGCUGAUGGCUCAGCACAAUCGGGCGGGGAAUCAUGAGCGACGGUUCGCGAUCCUGAUGAACGAGAACUUCAGGGUGACCAGCGACUUCGAGACUCAUGUUUACAAUACGCAGCUUAUGCAAAGCGAAGCCGUCAGCUUUGCGUACAGAAUAUGGAGAAGGGCUUGGAAAGGGAAAGGGAAAGAAUAUACAGCUGGCGCGCUAGUCUGGCAGCUCAAUGAUUGCUGGCCGGUUACAUCAUGGGCUAUCGCAGACUUCUUCCUCCGCGCGAAGCCCGUUUAUUACACCAUCAAGAGGGAACUUGCACCUCUGAGCGUCGGGAUCUUGCGAUCAGUGCACAAGAACCGCGAGAACGACCGACCCAAGCAGUUCUAUGAAUUCGGGGCUUUCCGAUCUGUCGAAGCUACUAUCGAAGUCUGGGCCUGUAACAGCACCCUUCAGCCUCGACAAGUCAAGCUGGUUCUACAAUGCGUAGAUCUGAACUCCGCAUGGUCCCACCAGCAAGAAUCGGUUGCGAUCCUGCACCCAAAUCAAUCAACCGAGCUCUUGCACAUUCCGUGCCCAUGUCCGCCCUCGGCGACAUCCAGCGGACUUGGGCCUGGCCUAACGACAUCGCAUUCCGUAGUUGUGGCUGCUCGUUUGGUUGAUGUACAGACCGGUGGGAUCUUGGCACGCCACGCGGACUGGCCCCAGCCGUUCAAGUACAUCGACCCGCCUGAUCCGGGGCUGCAAUUCAAUCGCACAGGCGAGCGCAUCUCCGUGAGAGCAGACAAACCGGUGAAGGCUCUGGUCCUGUCCACGGAUGAUGAAGUCGGAGGCCUCGUCCAAUGGAGUGACAACGCGCUGGAUUUGGUGCCUGGCGAUGAGCAAGUAGUACUUGCGAGAGGCAUCGGAAACGGCGUGCUAUGGUACAAGUACUUCGGGUCGAUGAGCGAGCGCGUAGUAGCCUGAAAAAGCUUUAUGUGCACUCCAGCCAGUGGUCAAGCACGACAAUAUAUCGUCGAGCUGUCCUCUUCGCUCGUUGCCUCUAGGAAUACUGUAGGACUUACGUACAUGCUCCUGAGUCCCCUCGUACUUAGUCGCGAAUGAAUUUGAAUGCGAAAACCAAUUUCGG